GUCAACAGUCACCUGGGUUUGGUGCACUUCUCAUCUCCCACUUUGGCCAAUCGUGCCAUUGAUUCCAGGCGUACCACCAGCUGGUCUCCCGAGGGCGAGCUGGUGUCAAUGCGCCUGGCGGGACCCACUGGCUCCGUGACACCACGCAGGAAGGACCUGACACCACGUGUGCGUGGCGAGGCUCAGCAGAGCAAAAAGCUGCUGCUGCAUGCGAUGGAACAGAAAUCCUCCAGGGAACUGGACCUGGCGAUCAGCAAAGCCUCGGAGUUCUGGCCCGAGACUGACCCAGAUCUCCUGCAAGGCCAGAGCCUCUUGGCCCAGUUGACUCGCCCCGUGGAGAUGCGCAAGGCUUUGGGUGCGCACGGCCGUGCACAGGUGAAACUGGCGAAGUUCCACCCUCGGAAUUCCAGAUCCGUGACACCCCCGCGCCGUGCUCGAGAAAUGCGGGGGGAAGCGCUUUCUGCAGCCACUUCUACACUCAGCAGUGGGGUGGCUACCAACCUGUCAGUCUUGCGAAAAACUGAAAGAGCUGCCAGGGAAUUUUCAGAGAGCUGGACCAACUCAGCGUGGGCAGAUCUGUCACAGGCCUUGGAAACUCGAAACUUUGACCUUUUACCUGAGGCCAUCGAGGAAUGUGAGGCUGUCUUAAACGCCAUCCAUGCGGCAGAUCUUGCGCAGAUUGGUCCUGCUGUUUCUGCUGAGAUGCAGGACCUGCUGCAGUGCGCCGUGCGCAUCGCGGAGGGCUCCUCCGGCUUCGGCCUGGAGCAACGCCGCUGGGAGGCGCUGCAGCAGCUCAGGGGUGCCGUAAAAAAACGGCGAGGAGCUGAGCCAUUGGAAGAACUUCCCGGACUAUCCUUGAGCUCUUCUUUGGCCCUGGCACAGCAGGUUGGUCUUGUGCCAGGUUCAACGGCAGCUUGGACAACAGACGCAGUGAUGGUGGUGCCCUGGUUCCGGGAAAAACUGGGAAGUCAGGCAGACGACUGCGUGGGCCAGGCCAUGGCGUUGCACGCCCAGCUUGAGCAGCAGCUUCCAGUGAGGUGGGGGCUUAUGGCAUGCUUGCUGUUGGGCAAGGCCGCCUCAUUUUGGGAGAGUGUGACUUGCAUCUCGAGAUUGCAGAAAGCUACUGAAUUGGCCAAGGAUGUUGGCAUUGGCCAUGAGGAGUUGGGGAACGCCUACACAUUGGAAGCCAGAUUCGAUCAGCACCACAGCGUGGCCAGGCGUUUGGACGAAGCGCUCAAAACGGGGGCGGACCUGCCAGCUGCGGUGGAAGAUGCGAGGGCGGUUGCGGUUGAGGGAGGGCAGCUUCAGGUGCAGAGCCACCUUUCGAAAGCUCUGAAGCUGCGGCCGCGUCAAAGCAGCUUCAGCAGCGGGUCCAGUGAGACGGACCUGCCGGGCCCAGGUGCCUGGCAGCCCUGGGCUGUGCAACAUCUCAAAGAGGCCUUGGACAUGGGUUCUGCAGCCAUGGUGGUGUCAGCCCUGCGGCGCUGCGGGCAUCUCGACCUGGCAGAGCAUCAAGGAAUCCUGCAAGAAGCAGAGCAUUUCCUACAGGAGCAGGAAGUGCUGAGUAACAUGGCCCGCUUGGCACAGAAUCGCGACCUCGCUGGUCUUCGUGAUGCACUAGAGGAUGCUGAGCAAUUGGGUCUAGAUACCCGGCAAUUUCAAGAGCUCCUGCAUAGUUUUUCUCGGCAAGUAGAGGAGAUCCGUGGCAGGCUUCGGAAGAUUGAAGAGUACAUGAUCACCUUUGAAGCAGUGAAAUGCCAGAAGAAUGGUACCUGGCCAACGGUGGAGGCCAAAUUGUCACAAAGAGGACUGACGGUCAUCCAUGAGGUGGCUGAGAUUUUGAAAGACUUUCCAGGUUUGCCGGUGCGAAUCGAGGGCUUCAGCAACGACAGCAACUGCAUUCGAGGCAAGGCCCUGUCCCAGCCGCGAGCGCAGCUGGUGAAGGACUGCCUGCUGAAAAGUGGCUGUACGAAUUGGAUGACCAUUGUGGCAUGGGGCAUUGGGCAUGAGAUGAAGACACCUGUUGCAAGGGUGGCUGCAGUGCCAGGGCAGGGUGAAAAAGAUCAGGGGACCCCAACUGCAAGAGGACUCCCAGCAUCUCCCAUCGCAUUCAAGGCCUUUUGUGGCCGCAAGAUGGCGAAAGAGUUUUUGGGGAAGAAAGUGGUGAGGAUUGUGCCCCAAGUCAAUUUGGAUGACGAAGACUGCGACUCUACCCUCUUACAACUUCUCCGAGAGAGUUUUGACCGAAAUCAGGAGCCAAAGAUUGGCUCUGGGUCAGUCUCAAACGAGAUGGUGAUGGAGAGAGAGCAAAAGGACAAUGUACAUAGCCAAGAGACAGAGAAAGCUGCUGUCUCCCAAGUUUCAAUGCCAAGCAGAGCCAGUGCUCUGCGGAAAGGUAGCGCCAGCUCUGGAUUUUUGGAGUGCUGGUGA